AGCACUUAAUGAGUCACCUGGAGCAAGCUAAACGUGCCCCCCAAACCAGCCAAAGUGAGGCUGUUGCAGAGAAAGUAACAGAGGCUCCCCCUGCGGAUCCACCAGUGGUUUGUGAUGCUGCCAGUGCCAGUACAGACUCAAGGAGAAAGGCCAGGCGGGGAAGGAAGAUCAAAACAGCAAAAGCAGAAACAGAAGCACCCCUUGUUGCUGAAGAGAAAGAUCCUGCAGUGGAACGUGUAGCUGACACUGCAGCUGAAGUCCCACCAGAAGAAGUGGCUCUGCCAUCAGCUGCAGAAGAGAGGAUAAUGGAAUUGGUUUUAGAAAAGAUGCCUAGCACCACAAAUAGCAUCAGUUCAGUCACAAAGUUUGCUCAUCACCAAAACAGCAUGUCCCUCAAAAGAAGUUUAAUUCUCUCCAGUAGACAUGGUAUACGGCGGAAGCUGAUAAAACAACUUGGGGAGCACAAAAGAGUCUAUCAGUGCAGUAUCUGCAGUAAGAUCUUCCAGAACAGCAGCAACCUCAGCAGGCACAUCCGUUCUCAUG